AGAUAAUUUACCUUAAAGUUUCAGCCUUUUUAAUAUUCACCACCUCUUCCCUCAUCAGUCUCACAGACACCAUCUAUAUAUGCUUUAUUGAAAGUCCUUUUAUCUAAUUGGAAUCCUUACAGAAAUUACUAGUAACCCAAAAGGCCUCUCUCUCUCUCUCAGCUAGGUAGAGUGGAGCAGAAAAUAAGAGAAAGCUUUGCCCUGUACAUGGGGAAGAUGAAUUCCCUCCUCUCAGUCUCCUUUGUCGUUCGAUUUGGCGCCAAAAAUCCAUGGAGACGUCAAACUCCAAGCUUAUUUGCCUAGUUUCACCAAAAAGCAACCCUUAAAAGUUCAUCAAUCAAUGGCAUCUCUUCAUCACCACCGUCCACGCCGCCUACUUCUAGACCCAAUAUCAACUACAUCACCAUCACCAGCCAAUGGAGGCAGGACACGUGAUAAUCACCCCAAUGAAUCCAAUGGGAACGGGACACGUGGUACGUACGCCAAUGAAGCCAAUUUUGACAGCAACAUGGUUAUCAUCCUGGCAGCCUUGCUGUGCGCUCUGAUAUUUGCAUUGGGACUAAACUCAAUAGUCCGGUGUGCGCUGAGAUGCAGCAGAAGGUUCUCUUCUGAGACACCAGACGAGACGGCGGCGCGGUUGGCGGUCACCGGGCUUAAAAAAAGCAUAUUGCGUCAGAUUCCCAUCGUGAUAUAUGGGACUGGACCAAAUAUAGCUGCCACGGAUUGUCCAAUUUGCCUUGGAGAAUUUAUGGACGGGCAGAAAGUCAGGCUGCUGCCGAAAUGCAAGCAUGGAUUUCAUGCCAGGUGCAUUGACACAUGGUUUUUGUCACAUUCGUCGUGCCCGACUUGCCGCCAUUCGUUGCUUGAGCCGCCGGCUGCGGGCAGUUCGGAUUCGGCCGAAAAUGUUGGUGACGGUGGUGCUAGACAUGCUGGAAAUGUAUCCUCAGGUGGACAAGGUGAUGUGAUAAUCUCUGUUGAUGAGGCUGGCUAGCUUGUAGAAUGCUAUAUUUUUGUAUUUUAUUCGUGGACUACAUUUUAGCUGUAUGAGAUGCUAGGCAAUGUACUUUCAUGUAACGUGAUAUACUUGUUGUAGUAUUAUAAGUUAAUCAUAUUGUAAUAUGAUUAAGUUAAUAUGAAUAGCAGUGUAUGAUUGGUUAAUCA